CAGGUCAACAGAGUAGCUUCCGUCUAUCAAUGAAAGACUCAAAUUCCUAAGCUUCGAUCCUACAUGUAUCUCCAAAACCCUUCAUUCACAAACAUGGAGUCCUCUUUCUCGUUUCCAACCACAGCCCUUCUUGGCAUCUUUGCCUUCGCAACCAUUAUCUACUUUUUCCGUUCGCUAUUAAUUAGAACAAAAUAUGACAGGAGUGUCGACGGCCACAAAAAAGCCUCCUUGCCAGAAGCUUGCGGCGCAUGGCCUUUGAUCGGCCAUCUCCAUCUCUUAGGAGGCCCAGUGCCGCCCCAUAUAAUCCUAGCAAGCAUGGCUGACAAGUACGGGCCGAUCUUCACCAUCAAGACAGGCGUUCAUCGAGCAUUGAUAGUUAGCAAUUGGCAAAUAGCCAAGCAGUGCCUUACCGUGAAUGAUAGAGCCUUUGCGAGUCGUCCAAAGUCGGUCAGCUCUGAAGUCAUGGCCUACAACUAUGCCAUGUUUGGCCUCGCUCCCUAUGGCCCUUAUUGGCGCUACGUGCGCAAGGUUACCAUGCUUGAUCUCCUCUCCAGUCACCGGCUGGAAUUGCUCAAGCACGUCCGAGACUCGGAGGUACAAGCAUCGAUGACCCACUUAUAUAAGCGAUGUAUGGAAAGCUAUAGUGGUGCGCCAGAGAAAGUGUUGGUGGACAUGAAGCGAUGGUUUGGUGACAUUACUCUAAAUGUGGUGUUCAGGAUGAUAGUUGGGAAACGAUAUGGGGACGAACAAGACGAGAAGGGUCGAGAGGCUUUGAGGAGCUACUUUGAUUUGGCAGGGAGGUUCAUAGUGUCCGACGCAUUCCCGAUUUUAAGGUGGCUGGAUUUGGAUGGAUACGAGAGGAUGAUGAAGAAGACAGCCCAAGAGCUAGACCGUGUGGUUCAAGGAUGGCUAAAUGAGCACAAAAGCAGAAGAAGCACUAACAAAAGGCGUGGUGAUAACAAGGACAGUGACCAGGAUUUCAUGGAUGUGAUGCUCUCCACUGUAGAUGCUGCCGAAGAGCUUCCAGGCUACGAUGCCGAUACUUUCAUUAAAGCAACAUGCAUGGCACUUGUCUUGGCUGGCUCAGACACUACCUCAGUCUCUCUGACGUGGGCCUUGUCUUUGUUGCUCAACCAUCGUGAAGUUCUAAAGAAGGCCCAACAUGAACUGGACACUCAAAUCGGUAGAGAAAGACUAGUAAAUGAAUCGGACCUCGAGAAUUUGGUCUACAUCCAAGCCAUCAUCAAGGAAACCAUGCGUUUAUACCCAGCAGCCCCACUCGGCGUCCCGCAUGAGUCCACGGAAGACUGCACCGUGGAUGGUUACCACAUCCCAAAGGGCACUCGUCUCCUCUUUAACUUUUCGAAGAUCCAUCGUGACCAGCACAUAUGGUCGGACCCUCAAGAAUUCCGGCCAGAGAGAUUCUUGACCACCCACAGAAAUUUCGAUGUCCGAGGUCAGAAUUUCGAGCUGCUACCAUUCGGGAGUGGUCGGAGAAUGUGCCCCGGAAUCAAUUUGGCCAUGCAACUAAUUUCGCUAUCGCUUGCUGCUCUUCUGCAUGGGUUCGACAUUACAACAUUGGCAGAUGAACAGGUUGACAUGGCCGAGGCAAUCGGAAUGACGAAUCUCAAAGCCACCCCACUUGAAGUCCUUGUGACUCCACGACUUCCUGAGCACACAUACCGGUGACUCUCCUCUAUAAAUGGUGAAAUGCUCAGGCUCCACAUCUGUAGCGUCUCUCUACCAUGUCCCACUCAGGUGGUGAAGUAUGUUUCUACAAAUAAGUUGAAGAGAAUACUGAUAUAUGGAUAAUUUAUUAGUCGACAGUUUCACUAUGGGGCAUGCUUGAUUAUGUCUAACUUUCACGAUUUACUUUUUGUGUUAUAUGGUAAUCACUAAGGAUGCUGAUGUGUUAGUUUGUGUAACAGUGCAGUUUGAAAUAUGGUCUAUUAUUGGGAAGGGAAUUACGCA